GAGAACCGCCUCAUGCAGGUGGUGGAGGAGCCGACUGGGAGAGGUGCACUGCUGGAUCUCAUCCUCGCUAGCAAGGAGGGUCUGGUCGAAGCAGGAAAGGUUGAGGGCUGCCUGGGCUGCAGUGACCACGAGAAGGUGGAGUUCAGCAUCUUGGGUGGCAGGAACAGAACAGCAAGUAGAAUUGCAGCCCUGGACUUUAGCAGGGCCAACUUUGGCCUUUUCAAGCAAUUGCUGGGGGAAAUCCCACGGGCAAGACUGCUUGAAGGAAAAGGGGCCCAAGAUAGCUGGGUUGCAUUCAGAGAUUGCUUCUUCCACGCUCAGGAUCAGAGCAUCCCCACACGAAGGGAGUCAAGGAAGGGAGCCAGGAGGCCUGCGUGGUUGAACAGGGACCUGUUGGGUAUGCUCAAGCAGAAGAGGAGAGUUUGCAGGUCAUGGAGGCAGGGGCUGGUCACUUGGGAGGAAUAUAAGGCUGCUGUUAGAGGAUGCAGGAAGGCAGCUAGGAUAGCCAAGGCCCCCUAGAAUUACAGCUGGCGAGAGGGGUCAAGGACAGCAAAAAGAACUUUUUCAAAUACAUAGCAGAUAAAACUAACACCAGAGGCAAUGUAGGCCCACUGAUGAACGGGGUGGGUGCCCUGGUGGCAGAAGAUACAGAGGAGGCAGAAUUCCUGAAUGCCUUCUUUGUCUCUGUCUACUCUGCCGGAGGCCGUCCUGGGGAGCCCUGUACCCCUGAGACCCCGGAUGAAGCCAGGUCAGUGGAGGAGUUUGCUUUAGUCGAUGAGGACUGGGUUAGGGAGCAAUUAAAUAGUCUGGACAUCCAUAAAUCCACGGGUCCGGACGGGAUGCACCCGCGGGUGCUGAGGGAGCCGGCUGAAGUCACUGCUGGACCGCUCUCCGUCAUCUUUGCCAAGUCUUGGGAAACGGGGGAGGUGCCCGAGGACUGGAGGAAAGCGAAUGUCACUGCAGUCUUCAAAAAGGGCAAGAAGGAGGACCCGGGUAAUUACAGACCGGUCAGCCUCACCUCUGUCCCUGGGAAAGUAAUGGAACAGCUAAUCCUUGGUGCCAUCUCAAGGCAUAUCAAGGAUAAGAGGGAUAUUAGGGGCAGUCAGCAUGGCUUUACCAAGGGUAAGUUGUGCUUGACCAACCUCAUUGACUUUUAUGAGAAUGUAACAAGGUGGAUGGACGAUGGCAGAGCGGUGGAUGUGGUCUAUACCUUGACUUCAGCAAAGCCUUUGACACAGUCUCCACAGCAUCCUCACAGCUCAGUUGAGGAGGUGUGGUCUGGACAAUAGAGCAGUGAGGUGGGUUGCAAACUGGCUUAAGGAGAGAAGCCAGAGAGCGGUAGUCAAUGGUGCGGAGGCCAGCUGGAGGCCAGUAUCCAGUGCAGUGCCUCAGGGGACAGCGCUGGGGCCAAUGUUAUUCAGUAUAUUCAUUAACGAUUUAGACGAGGGAAUAGAGUGUACUGUCAGCAAGUUUGCUGAUGACACCAAGCUGGGAGGGGUGGCUGACACGCCAGAAGGCUGUGCUGCCAUCCAGAGACCUGGACAGGCUGGAGAGUUGGGCGGGGAAUAACCUGAUGAAAUUUAACAAGGGAAAGUGUAGAGUCCUGCAUCUGGGCAGGAACAACCCCAGGUUCCAGUAUAGGUUGGGAAACUACAUAUUAGAGAGCAGUGUAGGGGAAAGGGACCUGGGGGUCCUGGUGGACAGCAGGGUGACCAUGAGCCAGCCCUGUGCCCUUGUGGCCAGGAAGGCCAAUGGUACCUGGGGUGUGUUACAAGGGGGGUGGCUAGUAGAUCGAGAGAGGUCCUCCUUCCCCUCUGCUCCGCCCUGGUGAGACCACAUCUGGAAUAUUGUGUCCAGUUCUGGGCCCCUCAGUUCCAGAAGGACAGAGAACUGCUGGAGAGGGUCCAGCGUAGGGCUACGAAGAUGAUUAAGGGAGUGGAGCAUCUCCCUUAUGAAGAAAGGCUGAGGGAGCUGGGUCUCUUUAGUUUGGAAAAGAGGAGACUAAGGGGGGACCUCAUUAAUGUUUAUAAAUAUAUAAAGGGUGAGUGCCAUGAGGAUGGAGCCAGGCUCUUCUCGGGGGCAAACAAUGAUAGGACAAAGGGUAAUGGGAGCCGGAGGAGGGGAUUGUUUUGGGGGCUUCAUCAGGGGUCUGGGACAUGCAGAGGCAGGGGGCCCAGCGGCUGUGUGCCCCCAAUCCAGGGUGCCCCCAUAGCCAUGACCUGGGUGCCGACAGCUGCCUCUGGCCAUUGAUUUCUUCGUUAUUUGCGUCCCCUUCGCUCUCCCGCCCCGCUGCAGCGAUGCUGGUGGGAGGGGGCGUUAAGAAACCCCCCCCACCCAGCACCCACCUCUGUGCUGCUGCUCCUUCUCUCUAGAUUUAUAUAUAUUAAAUAUAUAUUUUUAAAAAAUGAGGGGAGAAAAGACCAUCUAGAGGCUCUCAAGGGCCAGUGCCCUCCCCAGCAGUGUGUGCCCCCCACCCUAGAAAUAAUACCUAGAAAAUUCUUCCAGUGCGAUUCUCAGGGGAGCCCCCGCUCCCAGCACCCUGGCCCGGGACCCCCCUGACCCCCCCCACCUCCGCCAACCCAGUCUGGUCUCUGGCUGUCCAUGGUGGCCGUGGCUUUCUGGGGGGCAGGGGGUGGUGGAGGCCGUGGGCGGUGGGUGAGGAGGGGGCAGCCAGGCGGGCUGGGGGUUGUGGGUGAGGAAGCCCAGUAGGGACUGAAGCUCCCGGGGGCACAGGCCAUGGAGGUGAUGGGGCUGAUGCUGCUCUGUGGCUCUCGGGGGUUCGCAGCUUGGAGAACGUGGCCAGAGCGUCGGGGAAGUUGGGUGGUGUGGCCGGUGUGUUGCUGGGGGUGCACAUCUGCGGGGGUGUCAGAUCGGCCAUGGAUGGUUUUUGGAGUCCCAACCUGCCAACUCCCCAUCACUGAAGAUCUGGCUGCAUCCCGCACCAGGGGAUGCUCGAAGCCGAGCUCUGGUGGGUAUUGGGGUACCCAGCGCUGCAGGGUCUGGGUGGCACCCCCAGAACGUGGGGGCUGCCUGGGGAGGAUCUCCAGCCCAGGCAGGGCCAGCUCGGGCUGCGAAGGACAGUUUGGACCAUCCAGGGUGCUUAGAGCGCUGGGGUGCAGCGGGUUUGGGGAGGGGACACUGCUCUGAUGCCAGCUGCCCCGGGCAGGGAUGAGGUGAUGCAAUGAGGACCAGCACGAUGGGUGGGGAGAGUUUUGGGGUCCCACAGGACCCUCUUCACCCGGCUCCCUGUCCCCUGCUCCACUUCGCACCCCAUUAGGACACAGAAAGUCAGGCAGGGCCCCCGGGACACGAGGCGCUGGCCGGGCCCCUCGCGGUUCCCGGCACGGCCCCUGCUUUCUGAGCACUGAGCUGAAUUUAGUGCCCUCCCCACCUCCCCCCCGGACAGACCCGGCCCUUUUUGAGGCCAGUCUUGCCAAAAACCCCAGGAGCUCACGAUGAAAAUGAGAAGUUAAAUGAUUCCUCACAACACCAUUCAACACAAGAACCGAGAGGUUUUUGACACCUGCUUCCUUGUAGGUGUCCUACUGAGCACUAGCACAAAGCCAAGAGUGUUGCUCAGCAGCACCAACCGCGUCUGCCAGGAAUUAAUCUUCAACAUGAACCAGGGGCAGCAGAAGGCAAUCACCAGCACCACAGACAGCAAAGGAGAAGUCUGCAAGAUCCCGUAAGGCUGGAAUAGACUGUUGGCAUCUGCUCUCCACGGCAAAACCGGAGGAGAGCGUAGAGGGAAAAGAAAUGAAAGUCAUUGACAGUGAAAAAUGCGUGGCGAAACACAGGAGGUUCUGACACAAGAAGACCCUCCCGGGAGCAAGCCAUGACUUCUGGAGCCAGCAUCUCUGGCCCGGGAUGAACGCUUGCCCAUUGCCGUGCGGCCACUUGCGGUGCAAAACUGGGGUUUGAGAGGGGCUGUUGCCCCCCGGUGUCUUGCUCUGCCUGGAGAUGUCUGUGCAGAGGUCCCUGGACAGGACGCCUCUUCCUCAGUCAGCGCUGGCAAAAACCAUCUGGGGACACGCUCCGUCCCCUGGAACUCUUCCUUGUGUGACUCGCAGCUCACGUGUGACAGCGCUGCUCCAAACUUGGCCAUCUCCAAGGACCGGCUUUCUUUGGGAUGUGGGGUUCACUCUCAGAGGAAUCAUGGCAGCCCUGCUUUCUGUGUUGGGGUCUCCCUUUCAGCUAUGGAGCAGCUUCAGUUCGCAGUGCAAAAGGAUCUUGCAAUGGCUGUGUAGCUAGCAGCAGCGUUUCUGAAGCAUCAGAGGAGAUGUCAGAGCCAUGAGGCUGAGGGACGGGACUCCCAGCACAAGGUUGCCCGUGUUUCAAAAGGGAGGCAGCCGUGCCAGCUGGAGAACCUCUCUCGCAGCUCCAUCCCCAGCAAAGAGCUGUCUCUAGAGCAGUUUGUGCUGCUUACAGGCAAGAUCAGCCUUUGCAUUUGAACCACCUUCUUGCAGAGGUGACAGGAAACAUCCUCUGGUUUAUGUUGUUCUAGCUGCAAAGGCCAGAGCAGUGUUCAUGAGGGAGCAAGCGAUGGGCACAUUUCCUGGUCAGCAGCCGCUGGCUCGUGCCAACGGUCAAGAGAGGCAGAAGAAAUCCCUUCAGAACAGCUCCCUCUCAAAAGACACCCUUCUGCUUGAUGAACCGCAGGGAAAGGCGUCCUAAACCAGGCACUUUGACCUUGUUUUCAGCCCAGGUUCCCAGGUGCUGGUGCACUCGUGAGCCAGUCGCUGCACAUCUGCCGCCAAGGGGAAUCGCCUCCGAGGCCAACUGUGCCAUGGGGAAAGGAAAGGGUGAGACGUCGGGAGAGUUUCAUUUAGUGCACAACACGGAUAAAGCCAUUCUCUCUGCAAUUAAAACUGAGGGUAUUUAAUUGAGUGAAAUGAGAUUUCAUUCCCCAUGACCUGUCUGAUUGUACUUUGAAUCUGGGCACGGGCUGCAGUGACCUGCCACAACAUUGGAGGUGUCACCAGCUGCAUUGUAGGUGGUAAAGUGGGAAAGGCAGGAGGGAGCCUCAGCAUCUCCCAUCCCGUGGGUGACUUCAUCACAAAGGACCAGGGCGGCGCCCGCUGGCUCCUGGGGCGGCUGUUGCCAGGCAACAGAGACACUAUAUUGUCCCCUGUCACCUGUGCCCCUCGCCCAUUUGGUCACUGGCCGUGGUGGGAUCACUUGCCGUGGUGGGAUCACUGUGGUGGUGGACUCAUUUUGGCAGUUGGAUUGCUUUCGUGGUGGGAUUGCUAUUGGUGGUUGCAUCACUUUUGGUGGUAGGAUCGCUACUGGUGGUUGAACCACUUCUGGUGGUUGAACUGCUGUUGGUGGUUUUAUCACUUUCGGAACUUGGAUCUGUUUGGCGACUGGAUCACUUUGAUCACUCGGAUUGCUUUUGGCACUUGGAUCUGUUUGGUGACUGGAUCACUUUCUGUGGCAAGAAGGAGGAGGAGAAAGGCUGCUGGCUGCCCAUCCCUCCAACAUCAUCUCCGGACAGAAGAGCUCCCGUCUUCCCACAUCCAGUUCAGUGUUUUCGGGCAGAGCAGCAGCGAUGGCCACACGUGGACUGCUGGAGAUGCUGAACGCCGCCAUGGGGACACCCCAUUUGGGGGUUGUCGACUUGGUGGCACUGCACAAAUUGCUUGAGGCCAUCAUCGGGCAGCUGGGCCAGCAGGAGCUGUCUGUCCUGGAGCCAGAGCAGAGCCCGGCCCCCGGCCUGGCAAAGGAUCAGGACAGCAAGGCCCAGCCUGGCCAGGAGAAGGAGGAGGAUGGAGCCCUGGGCACAGGGCAGCACCUCUGGAAACCAAAGCAGCAGCUGGAUGAGAAGGACACGCUGGAGGGGACCGGGAGCAACUCCAAGGUCUCCUCCGUGGCCAAGGAGGCCAUGCCAAAAACAACGGAAGAGGAGAAGAGAGAUGUCCCCAAGAAAAGGGCUUCGCUCCAGGACCUGUGGGAGGAGAUCAGCAAGUUUAAGGAGGCGCAGUCCAGCCUGGAACAGGACGUGCGGGAGAUGAAGGAGGCCAUGCAGGAGGCGCAUUCUGGCCUGGAACAGGACAUCCAGGAGAUGAAGGAGGCGCAUGUCGGCCUGGCAGAGGACAUGCAUGCCCUGCAGGAGGCGCAUUCCGGCCUGGCGGAGGACAUCCAGGAGAUCCAGGAGACGCUUGGCCUGGAGGGUGGUGGGGGCCAGUCUGCCCCCGCUGAGCCCACCCGGGUGGCCGUGGACAGCCAGGCCAGGAGGAGCUCAGCACUGGAGCCAAAGGGACGUGGGACACGGCCUGGGAUGGAGACCAGCAAGGGGACUGCAGGGUCUGGCUCCCCGGGGAUGCAAGCAGGGAUACAGGGGCAACCAGCGACCCCUGUGAAGUUGUCAGGCGCUCCCUCCAUUCACAAGAGGUCUAUUGGUGCCAGCGCCACCACCCCGGGGAUGCAGCCAGGAUCCCCGGGCACCCAGGCCAGCACCUCCCUGGGGACACAACCAGGGGCCCCUGAUGCCCAGGCCAGCACCGCGGGGAUGCAGGCAGGAUCCCCUGGGACCCACACCACCACCCCUGGGGUGCAGCCUGGGUCCUCCAGCUCCAAAGCCACCAUCCCAGGGGAUGCCCAAGAGCCGGCCAAGCCCUGGGGCUCCACCAGCACCUCAAGCUACGAGUCGGAGAUGCGGGAGGUGCUGUCACAGGUUGGGCAGCUCGGCCAGCUCUGCGCUGGUCUGAAGGAACAGGUGGAGCAGCUUAAAUCUACAAAAGCAGAAAGCGCAGAUCUUGAGGACGUGCGCCGGCUCUUCCCAAAGGGAGGCCGGCAGAGCAUCACCAGCAUCCUGGCCGACCUCAGGUGCCAGGUGUCCUUCCUGCAGGACACGGCCAGGGCCCUCCACGGGGAGAAGGAGAAGAUCAGCAAGGUGGAGGAUGCUCCCAGAAAGACGAGGGGGUCUGGAGCCGGUAGGAAAGCAGACGGCAGUGGCCAGAUGACCCAACAGCCGCGGCCCAAGGGACAGAAGGUCAAGGCAGAGCGCAAGGAGCUGGGGAAGCAGCAGGAGCCAACCCAGGCCGAGCUGGAGCAGUUUGCGGCCAAGUACGUGAAUAAGUUGGUGAUGGAGGCAGCACAGCAGCUGCAGGCAGAGCAGGUGGACGAGCCGAGGACGACCGCGCAGAGCGGGGGACACGAGCACGCAGGGUGCCACUUCUGCAGCCCGGACACCAGGGUGCUGCUGGGGAAGCUCCUCCAGCGCUGCGAGAAGCUCGAGGAGCAGGUGGAGUCCCUGGUCCAGAAGGCGGGCGGCAAGGUGGAGAGUCAUCCGAAGUGGAGGAGACAGUCCCUGCAGCAGGACGAGCAACUCAAGUGCCUCCAGGCCAGCAUCAUGCAGCUACAAAAGGACUAUGAGAAGUUGAGCUCGGCCCUUGCAAACCUCCAGCAGGAUCGUCAGCAGAAGCAGAAUGACAUCAAGAAAGCAGACAAAGCCGCCCUGGCUGACAAAGUCAGUCGCAGCCAGCUUGAGGCGUGCGAGGAGCGGCUGACCAAGAUGAUGGAGGAGGUGACGAGCCAGGUGACGGGCCAGGAGAAGGGCUGGCACCAGUUCCAGCGAGAGCUGCAGAGACAGAUGGACUGCAAGCUGGACCGCCGGGAGCUGGGGGCGUUCCGGCAGCAGCAGGAGGAGCGGUGGAAGAGCCUCAGCGGGCAGCUCCAGGAGAAGGCGCUGCAGGCAGAGCGUGACAGUGCCGCUGGGAUUAGGAAGCAGCUGCUGCCCGGUUUCCAUUGCCUGUCCUGCGACCGGCCCCUCAACAUGCUGGCACCUGGACCGGAGCGGACGGGCGAGUGUAGAUACCCCACUGUUCCGCGGAGCUGCGGAGGCCAACACACCGUCACGCCCCCGCGUUUCCAGCCCAAACCGCCCAGCACCCCACGGCCAUCCAAACCCAGUGCCCGCAGCCCCAACAAGAAGGACGCGAUGCAGCUGUCGGGCCAGGACGGCACUGAUGGGAACCAGCAGGACGAGCAGCUCUCCAUGAUGGGGGGCUCUGAGCUGCCCACAAUGCCAAGGGCCACCCCAGACACCCCGACCUCCAGGAACCGGCCAAGCACCCGCUCCUCGCUGAGAUCAGCCGUGCUGCAGCACCUACCAGUCUCGUCUCCCAGACGCUUCACCCUGGCACCGCAGCUGCUGCCGCCCAUCCAGCCCCCCCGCCGUGAACCAACCCCCUGACAGCCGGGCAGGACGGGGUCCCGGUCCCACCGCCCCGGGCACUGAGCAGGCAGCGGCUGCAAUAAAUGGCGAUGGGAAACCAAGCACCGGUGUGGUCUGAGAGGAGUCCCUGGGGCAGGAUGGCAGAAAGCCCCCAGUGUUUGCUUUUUCAGGAGAAAAAUAAGUGCUAAAAAGGCGCUUUGGGGGUGCCCAGGUGGAUCCAGUUGGUAUCCAGGCCCCCCCAGAAGGAGCACGGGGAGCAAACCAGUGGGCACCAGGGCAGAGCCAGCAGAGGCCCAUCCUGCCCCCGGGUGGGGCUGAGGUGUCCAUGGGCUUCAGAAACACCCCUGGGACUAACUGGGGGGACGGGGUAAGGGGGGAAUCAGGGGGCUGUGCAAGAAGCCGGGCUGGCUGUCGGCAGCCGGAGGAGGGGAGCGCUUUGCGCUUUGCUCUGGGUCAGGGGAUCCAGAACUGGGGGGACGCAGCAGCUUCGUGCCCCGCCCCGGGGUGCCCACGGCCGCCGUGUGGCAGAUGUAUUGUUAACCCCGUCUCCCCCCCACUUCCCCCUUUUGCCCCUCCCUCUCCCCCCUUCCCACUCAGGACAGGCGAUCCGGAGGGAAAGAAGGACACAGAGAAGAGAGUUGGAAAAACUGGCAAUGUUUUACUAAUGCUAUAUUAAGAGUAGAGAAAAUAAUACAAAACCAAUCCUGAAAGUCUCAGCAACUGCAGAGCCAGCACCUGAAGUCCUGGACUGGACUCUGCAGCCAACCGGAGCUGGAUUCAGUCUCUCAGUAGGCCUCAGUUUGCAGGGACGACUAGCAAGGUCCUCUCCUAAUGUCACCAUAAGCAGAAGGGACGAAAAGGGGCAAAGAGGACAAGAUCCUCAUGAUCUGCCACUUCUAUAUGAAGUAUUCAUGUGAAGGGGAUGUUAUACACGGUUGGUCAGUUUGUUGGUCACCUGUUUCUUGUUGCUCCUCUUGCAAGAUGUGAAUCUGUCCUUAUCAACAAGUAAGCAUUCCAUUGCAAUGUUUAUCAAAACAUGUAUGUGUCUGGUUCUCCAGGAAAAGGCAGCUAAUAUGAAGCUUCAGCUGACAGGCAAAUUCAUGCUGUCUGCCUAUCAGAUUGCCGGAGGGGCGGGCGUCGAGGGCUGGGUACUGCGUGCCGCCCGCAGCCAAUGAUGGUGCGGAAGAGGCGGGCGUUGCGGUGUCCCUACUGCGCAUGCCCCAGUUGCGAGCGCUGAUAGGCGGAGAGGGAGAUGAUUGACGUGUCCCGGGGAGCCAACCGGGAUGCGGCAAGGGGCGGGUGCUGCAGUCUCCCUAGUGCGCAUGCCCAAACCGCGAGCGCUGAUAGGUCCGCGGUGUCUCGGGGCCGGGGCCGGGGGGGGGAGACCGGGAGCGAACGGGAACGGGGGUCGGGGCGGCUGCGGAGCGCUCGCUGCGGCCGGCGCCCGGGCAUCGGGAGGCGGGCGGCUCAGGGCCGCCCUUCGUGAGGUUCCCCGGAGGCGGCAGGAGGGCGGAGGGGAAGGAGGCGACAGCCGGGGACCUCCCGCCGCGGGCGUCUCGGGGGCGCGGCGGCUGUCGGUGCCCGCGGAGCCCGGCGGGACGGCGGGGGAGCGCGAGGGGAACGGAGCGGCGAAAGAGGCGGCAGGGGAUCCGUCCGGCAGUCGGUGGCCCGCGGUCGCUCGGCAACAGCAGAAGCGGAUUGAAGGGACCGGCCGCUGGAGGAUGCCGAAGCCUCCCGGGUCAGCGAUGGGAGCAGCUUUGCGUAAAGCGAGGGGUACGUGAAGCCGGGCGUGCGGUGCCGACCGCCCAGCAGACGCCUGUCCCUGUUUUCUCUUCCCGCUUUUGAAGAGAAGCUGCCGAGUUAGCGUACGCUGCGGUGAAGUUCUACAAGAUGCGGCCCUCAGGAACCGGUUGAUGAGGGAAAUGCUUUCUGACCGCCUGCGCGGUGAGGGGACGUUUUUCACCUUUUAGCUCCUUCUGCACGACAAGAGGGAGACGGAAGGUUAAGUAACACGUUGUUUAGGAGCUGAGAGCUUAGUUUGUAUUUAACUAAUAAUUAAGAGACGUGUUGUCAGCGAGAAACUAAACGAUUACAACUAACCUCAUCAAAUGAAGUAAAGACAGGCCAGCCAGGCGUGGUGGUGGAGUUGCUCUCUAUGUGAGAGAGCAGCUACAGUGUACUAAAUUCUGCCCAGGAGCGGAUGAGGAGCGAGUUGAGAGUGUAUGGGUCAGGAUCAAGGGGCAGGCUGGCAGGGGUGACACUGCUGUGGGCGUCUGUUACAGGCCACCAGAUCAGGCUGAGGAAGUUGAUGAGGCCUUCUAUGGGCAGCUGAGAGCGGCCUCACGGUCACAGGCCCUGGUUGUUGUGGGGGAUUUUAAGUUCCCUGGUGUUUGCUGGAAGGACCGUUCAGCCAGCCAGCCACAGUCCAGGAGGUUCCUGCCGUGCAUCGGUGAGAACCGCCUCAUGCAGGUGGUGGAGGAGCCGACUGGGAGAGGUGCACUGCUGGAUCUCAUCCUCGCUAGCAAGGAGGGUCUGGUCGAAGCAGGAAAGGUUGAGGGCUGCCUGGGUAGCAGUGACCACGAGAAGGUGGAGUUCAGCAUCUUGGGUGGCAGGAACAGAACAGCAAGUAGAAUUGCAGCCCUGGACUUUAGCAGGGCUAACUUUGGCCUUUUCAAGCAACUGCUGGGGGAAAUCCCACGGGCAAGACUGCUUGAAGGAAAAGGGGCCCGAGAUAGCUGGGUUGCAUUCAGAGAUUGCUUCUUCCACGCUCAGGAUCAGAGCAUCCCCACACGAAGGGAGUCAAGGAAGGGAGCCAGGAGGCCUGCGUGGUUGAACAGGGACCUGUUGGGUAUGCUCAAGCAGAAGAGGAGAGUUUGCAGGUCAUGGAGGCAGGGGCUGGCCACUUGGGAGGAAUAUAAGGCUGCUGUUAGAGGAUGCAGGAAGGCAGCUAGGAUAGCCGAGGCCCCCUAGAAUUACAGCUGGCGAGAGGGGUCAAGGACAGCAAAAAGAACUUUUUCAAAUACAUAGCAGAUAAAACUAACACCAGAGGCAAUGUAGGCCCACUGAUGAACGGGGUGGGUGCCCUGGUGGCAGAAGAUACAGAGGAGGCAGAAUUCCUGAAUGCCUUCUUUGUCUCUGUCUACUCUGCCGGAGGCCGUCCUGGGGAGCCCUGUACCCCUGAGACCCCGGAUGAAGCCAGGUCGGUGGAGGAGUUUGCUUUAGUCGAUGAGGACUGGGUUAGGGAGCAAUUAAAUAGUCUGGACAUCCAUAAAUCCACGGGUCCGGAUGGGAUGCACCCGCGGGUGCUGAGGGAGCCGGCUGAAGUCACUGCUGGACCGCUCUCCGUCAUCUUUGCCAAGUCUUGGGAAACGGGGGAGGUGCCCGAGGACUGGAGGAAAGCGAAUGUCACUGCAGUCUUCAAAAAGGGCAAGAAGGAGGACCCGGGUAAUUAGAGACCGGUCAGCCUCAGCUCUGUCCCUGGGAAAGUAAUGGAACAGCUUCGUCUAGACAAUAGAGCAGUGAGGUGGGUUGCAAACUGGCUUAAGGAGAGAAGCCAGAGAGCGGUAGUCAAUGGUGCGGAGUCCAGCUGGAGGCCAGUAUCCAGUGCAGUGCCUCAGGGGUCAGCGCUGGGGCCAAUGUUGUUCAAUAUAUUCAUUAACGAUUUGGACGAGGGAAUAGAGUGCACUAUCGGCAAGUUUGCUGAUGACACCAAGCUGGGAGGGGUGGCUGACACGCCAGAAGGCUGUGCUGCCAUCCAGAGACCUGGACAGGCUGGAGAGUUGGGCGGGGAAUAACCUGAUGAAAUUUGACAAGGGCAAGUGUAGAGUCCUGCACCUGGGCAGGAACAACCCCAGGUUCCAGUAUAGGUUGGGAAAUUACGUAUUAGAGAGCAGUGUAGGGGAAAGGGACCUGUGGGUCCUGGUGGACAACAGGAUGACCAUGAGCCAGCCCUGUGCCCUUGUGGCCAGGAAGGCCAAUGGCAUCCUGGGGUGUGUUACAAGGGGGGUGGUUAGUAGGUGGAGAGAGGUCCUCCUGCCCCUCUGCUCCGCCCUGGUGAGACCACAUCUGGAAUAUUGUGUCCAGUUCUGGGCCCCUCAGUUCCAGCAGGACAGGGAACUGCUGGAGAGGGUCCAGCGUAGGGCAACCAAGAUGAUUAAGGGAGUGGAGCACCUCCCUUAUGAAGAAAGGCUGAGGGAGCUGGGUCUCUUUAGUUUGGAGAAGAGGAGACUAAGGGGGGACCUUAUCAAUGUUUAUAAAUACAUAAAGGGUGAGUGCCAUGAGGAUGGAGCCAGGCUCUUCUCGGUGGCAAACAACGAUAGGACAAGGGGUAAUGGGAUCAAGCUGGAACACAAGAGGUUCCGCUUAAAUUUGAGAAGAAACUUCUUCUCAGUGAGGGUGGCAGAGCCUGGCCCAGGCUGCCCAGGGGGUUUGUGGAGCCUCCUUCUCUGCAGACAUUCAAAACCCGCCUGGACGUGCUCCUGUGCGACCUCACCUGGGCGUUCCUGCUCCAUGGGGGGAUUGGACUGGAUGAUCUUUUGAGGUCCCUUCCCGUCCCAAACAUACUGUGAUACUGUGAAGAAUGCGGCUUAGCAGCGCUGCUGACUCUGCCGUCCCGUUCCCUUCCCCGUUUCAGCCGGCGAGGCGGCCGGAGGACCCGCUCUGUGCGGCCGCGGGGCCCGCGGAGUCGAGGGCUCUGUCGGCGCGCCCCGGGGGUUUCUCUGGAGAGACUCCUCGUCUCGGUCGCGUCGCGGCGGGGACGGACGAGGACCUCUGGCGAGGGGUCUUUCUGCGCUGGGAGCCGGGACCGGGCACGCGCUCGCGGGGCGUCCGUAAGUCGCGGUACGGAAUUUAGGCAGGAUAGCGCGCACGGGCUUGGGAGCGCCUUACAGGCGUGCGGUGGUUGCUCGUGCGGCCAGCUUUUGGUGUCGGUUGUUCCGGCGCUCCGUCGCGGUGUAGAGCCGGCCCCGUACGUAGCGGUGAGGCGUACCGCAGUUCGGUUUGAUUCUCGGAUGGGCCUCGGCUCUGACUGUGCACUCGAACGCCAAAACCUACAGCGGAAGCUGCGGUGGCUUUAGCGUGCAAGGGGCGCGAGCGCCGUGAAGCCGCCCGUGUGGCCGAGCGUCCCGAUCGCGGCGCUGAGCGUUAGGCGGACUUGAGCCGCGUGCCGGAAUUGUUUUGUUUUGGAGAGGGCGGGAUAAACCUGGAGCACAACUUGUGAGGGCGGUACGUCGUGGGCAGGUUUUAGUAUUGCCUGUGGAGUGCCGCUGGAAGCGUUCGUAGUUCUUGCUUGUCUCUGUUACAAGAUGAGCCGUGUCGUCCUGCGUGACGCGUAACGGGAGGACGGCGCGGUAGCGGUGCUCUGCAAAAGAGCCCGUUGGGGGGUAUUUUAGCUCGCGGGAAAGGGAUUGGGAACCACCUGGUGGGAAUGCGAGGAGAGCAGCCCUGGCGGAAUCUGAGGAGCCGAGGCCGUUGUAUAAAUUGGACAAGGAAGGAAAGGCUGCGGGCACAGCGCGGUGCUGCACCCGGCCGCCCCAACGCGGAACUCUAAUGUGGAAUUCCUGUGUUUCAGAGGGGGAGCUGUGACCGCCCCGUGCUCAGCAGACCCCCCAGCCCGGGUGGGGGGAGCAGCGCCGGAGCGGGAGACGCGGCUCCGUCCUCCGUCCCCAGCGUGCCGGGGGGCGGCUGCCGGCCUGUGGGACGUGGCUGCGGCUGUUCGGGGCGCUGCCCCCCCAUGUUUGGGCGCUCUGAGCAGCCCGAUGUGCUGUUAAAGGUUGUGGUGGUGCGGGUCAGGGAUCCCCAGGCGGUGCCGAGACUGCAGGACGGCUGCUGGUGGAACAAAGUCAAGGACAACUUCUCAGAGACAGGCGAUCCGGAGGGAAAGAAGGACAGAGAGAAGAGAGUUGGAAAAACUGGCAAUGUUUUACUAAUGCUAUAUUAAGAGUAGAGAAAAUAAUACAAAACCAAUCCUGAAAGUCUCAGCAACUGCAGAGCCGGCACCUGAAGUCCUGGACUGGACUCUGCAGCCAACCGGAGCUGGAUUCAGUCUCUCAGCAGGCCUCAGUUUGCAGGGACGACUAGCAAGGUCCUCUCCUAAUGUCACCAUAAGCAGAAGGGACGAAAAGGGGCAAAGAGGACAAGAUCCUCAUGAUCUGCCACUUCUAUAUGAAGUAUUCAUGUGAAGGGGAUGUUAUACACGGUUGGUCAGUUUGUUGGUCACCUGUUUCUUGUUGCUCCUCUUGCAAGAUGUGAAUCUGUCCUUAUCAACAAGUAAGCAUUCCAUUGCAAUGUUUAUCAAAACAUGUAUCUGGUUCUCCAGGAAAAGGCAGCUAAUACGAAGCUUCAGCUGACAGGCAAAUUCAUGCUGUCUGCCUAUCAGAUUGCCGGAGGGGCGGGCGUCGAGGGCUGGGUACUGCGUGCCGCCCGCAGCCAAUGAUGGUGCGGAAGAGGCGGGCGUUGCGGUGUCCCUACUGCGCAUGCCCCAGUCGCGAGCGCUGAUAGGCGGAGAGGGAGAUGAUUGACGUGUCCCGGGGAGCGAACCGGGAUGCGGCAAGGGGCGGGUGCUGCAGUCUCCCUAGUGCGCAUGCCCAAACCGCGAGCGCUGAUAGGUCCGCGGUGUCUCGGUGCCGGGGCCGGGGGGGGGAGACCGGGAGCGAACGGGAACGGGGGUCGGGGCGGCUGCGGAGCGCUCGCUGCGGCCGGCGCCCGGGCAUCGGGAGGCGGGCGGCUCAGGGCCGCCCUUCGUGAGGUUUCCCGGAGGCGGCAGAAGGGCGGAGGGGAAGGAGGGGACAGCCGGGGACCUCCCGCCGCGAGCGUCUUCGGGGCGCGGCGGCUGUCGGUGCCCGCGGAGCCCGGCGGGACGGCGGGGGAGCGCGAGGGGAACGGAGCGGCGAAAGAGGCGGCAGUGGAUCCGUCCGGCAGUCGGUGGCCCGCGGUUGCUCGGCAACAGCAGAAGCGGAUUGAAGGGACCGGCCGCUGGAGGAUGCCGAAGCCUCCCGGGUCAGCGAUGGGAGCAGCUUUGCGUAAAGCGAGGGGUACGUGAAGCCGGGCGUGCGGUGCCGACCGCCCAGCAGGUAAGGGAAGCUAAAGCUUUACCUCCAGGGACUUCUGCCCAGAAAGCUGAAGCAAUUGCUCUCGCGUGAGCUGUAGAGUUACGCAAAGAGAAGAAGAUUAGUAGCUGCACUGAUUCUAAGCAGGUUUCUUGAAGGGUGCGGGCCCUUGAAGCCGUUUGAAAAGAAUAAAGUGUAUUAACGGCACAAGGGAGGCAGAUUAAACGUGAUGCUCCGGUUGCUGGAAGCUGUGCUGUUGCUAGGAGAGUUGCCGUCACGCGUUGCAACGGGCCUCAGAAGGGAAACGCUGCUCAGGAAACUGGCCAUAAAUUGGCAGGCGCCGCGUCAAACCAGCCACCGAGAGGACAGAGACCGGUACGGAAGCCGCGUCUCUGAGCCCAGGUGGCCGUGUCCUCCAGCCAACGUCAGGGAACUGUAACAAAGAGGAUAAGCAAUUAAUAGGAGAUUUAUAGCCCGAUCAGAAUUAGGGUCCAAAGGAGCCGUCACCGGCGACGGGAGAGCAGCGGCGCCUCGCGGCGCGAGGAGCUGACGCGCUCUGUCGAGAUCGGACGAACAGGUAAGAGCGAAUUUAGAAGCUCUGUGCGAACGAGGCAAUGGGAAACGUGCCUAGAAAACCGUCUUGAUAGUGCACACGGGGUACAGACAAGAGCAGCCGGACGAGGGAAACGUACCAGGACGACGCUGGCAAAGGGAGUUCUCCGAGCUGCCUGGAAAAGGGGGGUGUCGAUACCGGCCGGCACGAACGGCUCCCUUCUCGGGUCGGCCGGAAGCGUUGCCGUGCCGGGGGGCGGCUGCCGGCCUGCGGGCCGGGGCUGCGGCUGUUUGGGGCGCUGCCCCCGCUUUGUUUUCCUCGGGGAGCCCCCCCACGCUCGGGGGCUUGUGGGACGUGCACGUGCGAAUGACACGGUGUUCCCAGCUGCUCUGUUCUCUGCCUUGUUUUUUCAGGUGCCUGUCCCUGUUUUCUCUUCCCGCUUUUGAAGAGAAGCUGCCGAGUUAGCGUACGCUGCGGUGAAGUUCUACAAGAUGCGGCCCUCAGGAACCGGUUGACGUGAGGGAAAUGCUUUCUGACCGCCUGCGCGGUGAGGGGACGUUUUUCACCUUUUAGCUCCUUCUGCACGACAAGAGGGAGACGGAAGAGGGGGAGCUGUGACCGCCCCGUGCUCAGCAGACCCCCCAGCCCGGGUGGGGGGAGCAGCGCCGGAGCGGGAGACGCGGCUCCGUCCUCCGUCCCCAGCGUGCCGGGGGGCGGCUGCCGGCCUGUGGGACGUGGCUGCGGCUGUUCGGGGCGCUGCCCCCCCAUGUUUGGGCGCUCUGGUACGUACAUAGGUAAAUGGCGUUUUAAAGUAACGUGCUGCCCGCUGGGGCUGUUUUCCUUUUCUACCUUUUUUUUUUUGAGUGAAUAAAUGGGGGGACUCGGGGGGUGACGAUGACGUUACUGGAGGAGCAGGCCGGUGAGAGAUGGGGGCUUUCAGCCCCAAAAUGCCUGAACAAUCAUGGGUGGGGUGUUUAGUGGUACUGUGGGGAGGAGAAAUUUCUCCCUGUCCGUUGCAGAGAAAACAGAACAAUCCCACAUCAAAGCUGUCCUAGAGAAGUACUUGCUGUUUGUCAUUCCGGUUCUAGAGCAGCCCCAUGUGCUGUUAAAGGUUGUGGUGGUGCGGGUCAGGGAUCCCCAGGCGGUGCCGAGACCGCAGGACGGCUGCUGGUGGAACAAAGUCAAGGACAACUUCUCAGAGACAGGCGAUCCGGAGGGAAAGAAGGACAGAGAGAAGAGAGUUGGAAAAACUGGCAAUGUUUUACUAAUGCUAUAUUAAGAGUAGAGAAAAUAAUACAAAACCAAUCCUGAAAGUCUCAGCAACUGCAGAGCCGGCACCUGAAGUCCUGGACUGGACUCUGCAGCCAACCGGAGCUGGAUUCAGUCUCUCAGCAGGCCUCAGUUUGCAGGGACGACUAGCAAGGUCCUCUCCUAAUGUCACCAUAAGCAGAAGGGACGAAAAGGGGCAAAGAGGACAAGAUCCUCAUGAUCUGCCACUUGUAUAUGAAGUAUUCAUGUGAAGGGGAUGUUAUACACGGUUGGUCAGUUUGUUGGUCACCUGUUUCUUGUUGCUCCUCUUGCAAGAUGUGAAUCUGUCCUUAUCAACAAGUAAGCAUUCCAUUGCAAUGUUUAUCAAAACAUGUAUGUAUCUGGUUCUCCAGGAAAAGGCAGCUAAUAUGAAGCUUCAGCUGACAGGCAAAUUCAUGCUGUCUGCCUAUCAGAUUGCCGGAGGGGCGGGCGUCGAGGGCUGGGUACUGCGUGCCGCCCGCAGCCAAUGAUGGUGCGGAAGAGGCGGGCGUUGCGGUGUCCCUACUGCGCAUGCCCCAGUCGCGAGCGCUGAUAGGCGGAGAGGGAGAUGAUUGACGUGUCCCGGGGAGCGAACCGGGAUGCGGCAAGGGGCGGGUGCUGCAGUCUCCCUAGUGCGCAUGCCCAAACCGCGAGCGCUGAUAGGUCCGCGGUGUCUCGGUGCCGGGGCCGGGGGGGGGAGACCGGGAGCGAACGGGAACGGGGGUCGGGGCGGCUGCGGAGCGCUCGCUGCGGCCGGCGCCCGGGCAUCGGGAGGCGGGCGGCUCAGGGCCGCCCUUCGUGAGGUUUCCCGGAGGCGGCAGAAGGGCGGAGGGGAAGGAGGGGACAGCCGGGGACCUCCCGCCGCGGGCGUCUUCGGGGCGCGGCGGCUGUCGGUGCCCGCGGAGCCCGGCGGGACGGCGGGGGAGCGCGAGGGGAACGGAGCGGCGAAAGAGGCGGCAGGUGAGUGCGGCAGCGGCGAGGGUGACCGUGCCGUUGGAACGGGGGGAGCGGGAGGGGCCGGCGCGGCGCGGAGGCGUUCGGUUCCGGUUCCCCCCCCCCCCCCCCGCCCUUACGGCCGCGCUGGCGAAGCUGCUGGGAGGCGUGCGGUCCGGAGCCGCGUCUCCCUCCGGCGCAGCGCCCGUGCCCGGUGCGGCAGCCCCUCCGGGAGCGGCGCAGCCCCCGUCGGUCGCGGGGACGGUUACAAGCAGAGCUAAGGCGCGGUUGCGGGCGGGCUGGGUGGCGUGGCGAGCGGGGCGCCGCUCCGGCGGGAGCUCGGGGCGAGCCCCGGCGGGUUCCGUGUCCUGCGGGCGCGGCUUUCGCGCCGCGGCUCUCUCUGUGCGCUUUUUUGUUUGGUCGCGUUUGUUUUUUGGGUUUUUUUUGGCGGGAUUCCCGCGAAACGCGGCACGACCGCUCGCCCGGGGCUGCCGCGGCGGGUCUCAGUGGCGCCGUCCUGUGGGCAAAGCGCGGUACUGCACCCGGCCGCCCCAACGCGGUGCCGCGGCGCGCCUCGGUGCUGCCGCCCUGUGGCGAAACCCGGGUACUGCAGCGCACGGCAAGGGGGGGGGGCAGAGACGCCGAUCGAGCCGCGGGGGUUCGCGGUCGGGUCCGUGCGUGCCGGUGUCCGUCCCCCCCGACGGGGGUCAGGUCCCCAUUGGUGUGCAAACGACAUCCCUCCCUCGGGGCCUCCUUAAACGUUUAAUGACGUAAAUAUUGCUCCUGCUAACGUUGUCGGCGCGGCUUCUUUCCUCAGUGGAUCCGUCUGGCAGUCGGUGGCCCACGGUCGCUCGGCAACAGCAGAAGCGGAUUGAAGGGACCGGCCGCUGGAGGAUGCCGAAGCCUCCCGGGUCAGCGAUGGGAGCAGCUUUGCGUAAAGCGAGGGGUACGUGAAGCCGGGCGUGCGGUUUGUUUGUUGGUCACCUGUUUCUUGUUGCUCCUCUUGCAAGAUGUGAAUCUGUCCUUAUCAACAAGUAAGCAUUCCAUUGCAAUGUUUACCAAAACAUGUAUCUGGUUCUCCAGGAAAAUGCAGCUAAUAUGAAGCUUUAGCUGACAGGCAAAUUCACUGAAAGAGAAACUUGUUUUUUAAUGAAACCAGGACAGCCCCCUCCCCAAUCCCCUCAGGACUCCUCUGAUUCCCAUCUGCUCCUCUCAGGACAGCUGAGCUUGUCUUUUGGGGCCCCUGAGAGCCCCCAUUUACCUUCUUUUACCUACCUUUGUUGUUGUUCCCAGCCUAUCCUGGUGUUUUCCAUCCUUCAGGACUUAUUUAUUACUGUUGUGAGAGUCCGAGAGAAAAGGAGGAGUGUCUGUGACUUACAACCGUCGUUGUUGAUCUACAGUGUUUUAGAGACGGAUUCUUGCAGGAUCUAUUUCUGGUUCGUCCUUCACUCCUCCCCAGACCGCAGCGCUGGUCCGAGUUCCCCAGCACACGUGUGUGUGUCCAGCCGGGUACGCUGGGGGAGCGCGUCAGGGCGGGCAGACGCUGAAUGGACGCGCUGUCAGCGACUGCGGAACGAGCUGGGGCUGCUUUGACCGUGUCCAGCCUUGUGCGUGUGGUUUGUUUUCACUUGCAGGCUGAAACAGCAGUUUCCUUAAUUAAAAACACCCCAACAUGUCCCCCGGCCCCCAACAAAAAUAACGGCAAAAAUGCCACUGAAAGAAACACAGGGAGUUUUUAAAAAAUUUCCUUUAGCUUUCUCCCCCCUCCACCCCUACCCUGCUGCAUUCAGUGCAGUGAAUGACCGUGAGGAGAUGGCUGUGGAUCUGGCUGUUGAAGGGUGUGUGAAGGAGAAGGAGGUGUGUGUAGAGCAGGAUUGGUGGUGGAGGUGAGUGCAGCUGGUUUGGGUGUGGGGCUGUAAAUUCCUUUUGGAGGCUUCCUAGUUUCUGGUGUCACCUGCGGGGUGAAGUGUGACUGUGUGUGCAGGUUUGAAAGGUGCCACGUGCAGAGCUCCCUCAUUUGCCACCAGAUCUCCCAAUCACAGAGACAGCGUCGCUGUGCAGCUGCUAAGGACAGCGCGUCUCGUGCAGAAGAGCAUCCUUUGUGCUCCGUGUGCGUGUUCCUCCUUUGAAAUGAAGUUGGGCCGCCCGGUGUUCCACGUUACGUGUGGUACCUGCUGGGCUGAGUCUCCUCCCCGCGCUCCGGUCGGUUCCGUCGCGCUGCCGCAGCCCCGGCAGCACCGCGGCGUUCGCUGGACGCGUUGUUGGCGGAGCCGGCACCGACAAUCUUGACACGUCGAGGCGCUGCGGUGGGUUUGCCUGGAAAUUCCAAGGUAAUUCCAAGGCAGACAGUAAUAAUCCCCAAUUUAUGUAGUAAAAUUUAAAACAGUGGAAUAUAAAUACUGGAGCGCUAAUUGGAAGUAAUACCUGUAGAGAAAAAAACCUCUAGUUUAUAUCUACAAUAAAAAAUAAUGUGUGCUAGUUAAUCCGCCUGGUAGUAAUGUAAUGAUAAAAAUGUUAAAGUGUAAAUAGAUGAAAUUAUAUAGGCAUGAGCAAGAUGUAAAUUUAAUUUCAGCUAUUACUUGGUGAACUAGGCAGCAGUUGUUCCCAAUCUGAAUGCUAGUUUAAAAAACACAUUGUUUGGAAUUCCUUUUAAAUGAUAAAGGCAGAAAACUAAUGUGGAGUCAUUGGUAGCUUCAUUUGAACAACCGUUAUGAAAUAAACCGCAGACACGAAUGACUGCAUAGGAAACAAAGUGAGGAAGCUUUAGAUUUUAAACAGCAUUGGAAAGUGAUCGGGAGUGUUUAGUAUUUAAAUUAUAACAGAGCCACGAGAUGGGAGGCAACAAAGCUCAGAACCAAACAGAGUCAAAACGUUACAUUUCUUUUUUUAAAGAGAAGUAUAAAGGAACCACUAAGUAGUGGCUGUUUAUAAACAGAGGUAUUAAAAAGUUCCCAGGCAGUAAUGAUUCCCAACAGAACACUAAAAGAUAUUUAGAUGUAAAAUAAUAUUAGAAAACAGUUAUGACAGUCUGAAUUUAACCACAGCUUUUUUGGGGUUGUGCAAAAACAUGACCGCUAUUAAUUACCUCUGAGUUAAAAUAAAAAGACAUCAAACUAGCUGUGAUUAACAACAGCUAAUUUUAAUUUUUCAGUGUGCUAUCCAGUCCGGCUUCUCCCUCCAAGGGCGUGGUCUGAGAAAGCCACACCCCCAACUCCACCCCGUCCAAGCUCCGCCCCUGCCAGUCUGUGCCCUCCCCGAGGCGCGUGUCCCUUACAGACCCCUCCCAGCAGCAUAAUGCAUCGAAGCCCCGCCCGAGGCUCCACCCCUAAACUCAGCCCCUGCUAAACCACGCCCCCUCAGAGCACGUGCUGUACAGAGCCCACUCUACUCUCGGCUCCACCCCUCCCUUCCUAAGCUACGCCCUCUUUGGGCGUGUCCUUCUCCGUGCCCCAAGCGGCUCCUCCUAUGGGGGUGUGACACACGGAGGCCCCACCCCCUGCCCAGUUCCCCCAGGUGGGCCUCCCAAUGGGCGUGUCCUCCCAGUCCACGCCCCUCAGCACGGAUCCCACCCCCGUGGGUGGGGCUACACCCAGCUGCGCGCGCGGCCCCCCCACCCAUGCGUGACCCUCAGUAACCCCAUGGCAGCCCUAUGGCUGCCCCACAGGUACCGCUACAGCAGCCCUGCUCCUGCCCCGCAAGAGCUCCAGACACGCCUCUGCAGAGCCCCCACAGCAGCCACUUAAGUGCCCCACAGCUAUCACCGCAGCCGCCCCAUCGCGCCCCACGGCCGCCGCUGCGGGACCCCUGGAGCCCCCGGCCCCACACCCGCCCCGCAGCCCCACAGCGCGCGGUCUCGCGGCCGCGGUGCCGGUGAAGCCACGUGCCGGCCGCGGCCGGAGGAGCCGCCGGUUUUCCCCCCCGCACCCCCCGAUCGCUGCUGCCGCGGCCGGAGGAGCCGCCGGUUUCCCCCCCCACAUCCCCCGAUCGCUGCUGCCGCGGCCGGAGGAGCCGCCGGUUUCCCGCCCACACAUCCCCCGAUCGCUGCUGCCGCGGCCGGAGGAGCCGCCGGUUUCCCCCCCUCACACCCCCCGAUCGCUGCUGCUGCCGCGGCCGGAGGAGCCGCCGGUUUUCCGCCCAGCCCCGACUCUCCUUCUUCCUCCUCAAUCGCCGCUGCCUGCCGCCACGAUGUCUUCUCUUCCGCCAUCUUGUUUCCCCCUUCUGCGCUCAUUCGCUAUUUUAUACCGAGGGAGGGAGGAGGCGCUCGCUGAUUGGCUGACAGUGUCAGCCUCGGAAGUCGUCCAUUGGCUCAUCCCCACGAGGGGUUCUCCGAGGGGGUGGGAGAAAGGCGCUGAUUGGUCACCGUGUCGCUGAGGGGAGGAAGGCACUGAUUGGUCACUUUCCGCCGAAGUUCGCCCUCCCAGUAACAGGCGCUGAUUCGCUAGCGCCCCUGAGGUAGAAAAGGCGCUGAUUGGUCGGCGUUUUCUCGCCGACGUUAGCCCACAGCAACGAAGCGCUGAUUGGGCAGCGCGGCUGACGGGGCGGCUCGGCCAUUGGCAGGAGGGCGGGCGGGGGGCGGGACCGGGCGGGACAACGAGGUAAUAAAUGGGGCGGCGCAGAACGCGCGCAGGACCAGAAAGGCGGAGGCGGCAGCGGCAGCGCGAGCUCAUCGGCCCCCCCCCCCCCCCCCCCCCCCCCCCCGCCCCCCCGCGGCGGGAAACCGGAGAACGGCAGGAACGGCGGCCGGAGUCAGUUAACGGGGUGGGUAAGGGCGGUAAUUAUCGUGCGGGUGUUAAUUGGGGCUCGGCGGGUUAAUGAGUGACCGGCGGGCUGGGGUGUAUCUGGGGGUUUUGAUCGGAACUGGGGUUUUAAAGCCGCGGGUUUGGGGGGGGGGCGGGGCGGGGGCGAUUAAGGCUCCCGGAGCCGCUUUAGCGGCUUAAAUCUUUGUGUUGAACGCGGGAGGAGCCGGUUCGGGGCUUUUCUCAGCAAUCGGGGCUGGUUUGGGUCCAAUUCGGCUUUUAAAAGAUGUUUUUACGUAAUUUUUGGGUGCCGAUUUGUGCCAGAAGGCGCCUUUGAAAUCUGUUUAUUGAGGGUUUAUCAGGAGAAUUAAAGUUUAAAGCUCGGGGAGAUUUGGGGCUUUUCCCCGGGAUUUUGAGUCCAAAUCGGUUUUUUUAGAGCCCUUAUUUAUUUAAAUUGUUAUGUUUAAAGGGUUUAUUUGAGGUUUUAUUUGGAACAUUUUGGGCGGGUUUGAGGCUCCUAAGGUUUAAUUGUUGGUUUAUUAUUUGAUUUAUUAUUUCACUGCGGUUCGGGGCUCCUGAAGACGCUGAGUUGUUUCAAUUAUUUAGCGCUGUGAGGACCCGUUUUGGGGCCGUUGGGGUCUAAAUCGGCUUUUUGAAAGGUUUAUUUAACGCGUUUAAAGUUUGAGGGGCCGAUUUGCGACUUUAAAGCUUUUUGAAUCUACUUAUUGAUAAGAAUUUAUACAAUAGAUUAAUAUUUAAAGCCCGGGGGGAGAUUUGGGGCUGUUUCCCAGGAUUGCGAGUCCAAAUGCGUUUUUUUCUGUUAACCGCUUAUUAAUUUAAAUUAUUAUAUUUAAACGGGGCUUUUUGAGGUUUUAUGAGGGUUUUUUUUAGCAUUUUGGGCGGUUCUGAGGCUCCUAAAGCCGCUUAAUUGUUUAAAUUAUUAAUUGUUAAAAUAAUGUAAGUAGUUGUUGAAAUAAGUGUGUAAGUUAUUGUAUUUAAAGCCGGGAGGGGCAUUUCGUUGCUUUUUGGGGGGUUUUAGGGCUGAAUUCACUUCAUUGAACGUGUCUAGAGCUGGGUGUCCCAGAUCUGGUGCUGAUUUGGCCCCAAAAAAAGCUUUAAAAAUCUAUUUAUUUAUAUAAUUUACUGAAUUAAUAUUUAAGCGGGAACAUGUUCGGCUUUUUUAACCCGCCGCCAUUUUGUCUCCCCCGUCCCGCUCUUCCUCACGCUGAGGGGGCCGAGGAGACGCUCGCUGAUUGGCCGGUGCCGUCUGGCGGGAAAGCCUCCCCCGGCUCAGCCCCGCUCGGCUGUCUCCGAGGGAGAGAAAGGCGCUGAUUGGUCGCUGCCUCUGAGGAGAGAAAGGCGCUGAUUGGUCGCCGCCUCCCUAAACCCACCUCCUGCGCAGAGAACAGCGAAGGCAGCCUGGCCACGCCCCCUCCGGCUGAUCGCGCCCCCCGCUCCGGCUGACCACGCGUGCCCCCCCCCCCCGCAACUCGGCUGACCGCGUGCCCCCCCCAACUCCGGCUGACUGUGCCCCCCCGCCCCCCGGCUGAUCCCGUGCCCCCCCCACUGCACUCCUGCUGACUGUGCCCCCCCCACCUCCUCCGGCUGGCCACAUCUCCACUGCACACCAUGGCGGGGAAGGGGCGGGGGGGGAUCACAAGGGUCUAUGGGGCGGUGUGGGGGUCAGGGCGGCUGUGGGGUCAAUGGGGUUGUUGUGGGGUGAAACACCCCUGAAGAGGCUGAACCCCCUACAGGUGAGUGACCCACACAGUGCCCCAUAGCACCUCCAUUCUGCCCUACGGAUCCACAACACUGCCCCACAGCACCCUAUAGCUCCUGCUUGCUAUCCCACAGCACCCCAUGGCUUCUCCACUCUGCCCCAUAUGUCUACAGCAGUGCCACAGAGUACCUCAUAUGUCUUCCACUCUGCCCCAUGGGUGCAGAGUGCUGCCCUACAGCACCCUAUAGCUCCUGUACUCUGCCCCACAGAUCCACAGUGCUGUCCCACAGCACCCUAUAGCUCAUGUGGCCUAUAGACCCACUGUACUGCCCUACAAUGCCCCAUGGCUCCUACACUCUGCCCCAUAGACCCACAACACUGCCUCACAACACCCCAUUGCUCCUGCACUCUGCCCCAUGGAUGCCCAGUACUGCCCCACAGCACCAUAUAGGUCCUGUACUCUGCCCCAUAUAUCCACAGGAGUGCCCUGCAGCACCCCAUGGCUCCUGCACUCUGCCCCAUGGAUGCCCAGUACUGCCCAACAGCACCAUAUAGGUCCUGUACUCUGCCCCAUACAUCCACAGGAGUGCCCCCCAGCACCCCAUGGCUCCUGCAUUCUGACCCAUGGAUGCCCAGUACUGCCCCACAGCACCAUAUAGGUCCUGUACUCUGCCCCAUACAUCCACAGGAGUGCCCCCCAGCACCCUAUGGCUCCUGCAUUCUGACCCAUGGAUGCCCAGUACUGCCCAACAGCACCAUAUAGGUCCUGUACUCUGCCCCAUACAUCCACAGGAGUGCCCCCCAGCACCCUAUGGCUCCUGCAUUCUGACCCAUGGAUGCCCAGUACUGCCCAACAGCACCAUAUAGGUCCUGUACUCUGCCCCAUACAUCCACAGGAGUGCCCCCCAGCACCCUAUGGCUCCUGCAUUCUGACCCAUGGUGGAUGCCCAGUACUGCCCCACAGCACCAUAUAGGUCCUGUACUCUGCCCCAUACAUCCACAGGAGUGCCCCCCAGCACCCCAUGGCUCCUGCACUCUGCCCCAUGGAUGCCCAGUACUGCCCCACAGCACCGUAUAGCUCCUCUACUCUGCCCCAUACAUCCACAGGAGUGCCCCCCAGCACCCCAUAGUGACUCUACUCUACCCCAUAGACCCACAGUGCUGCCGCACAGGACUCUACUCUGCCCCUUAGACCCAGAGAGCUGCCCCACAGCAGCCUGUAGGUGCUGCAUUCUGCCCCAUUGGUGCAAAGUGCUGCCCCACAGCGCCCCACACCUCUGUCCACCUGACCACCCUUCCCUCCUGACUGCGCCUGCACUGCCCACUAUGGGUGGGUCACAAGGGUCUAUGGGGCGGUGUGGGGGUCAGGGGGGCUGUGGGGUCAAUGGGGUUGUUGUGGGGUGAAACACCCCUGAAGAGGCUGAACCCCCUACAGGUGAGUGACCCACACAGUGCCCCACAGUGCCCCAUAGCACCUCCAUUCUGCCCUACGGAUCCACAACACUGCCCCACAGCACCCUAUAGCUCCUGCUUGCUAUCCCACAGCACCCCAUGGCUUCUCCACUCUGCCCCAUAUGUCUACAGCAGUGCCACAGAGUACCUCAUAUGUCUUCCACUCUGCCCCGUGGGUGCAGAGUGCUGCCCUACAGCACCCUAUAGCUCCUGUACUCUGCCCCACAGAUCCACAGUGCUGUCCCAUAGCACACUAUAGCUCAUCUGGCCUAUAGACCCACUGUACUGCCCUACAAUGCCCCAUGGCUCCUACACUCUGCCCCAUAGACCCACAACACUGCCUCACAACACCCCAUUGCUCCUGCACUCUGCCCCAUGGAUGCCCAGUACUGCCCCACAGCACCAUAUAGGUCCUGUACUCUGCCCCAUACAUCCACAGGAGUGCCCCCCAGCACCCCAUGGCUCCUGCACUCUGCCCCAUGGAUGCCCAGUACUGCCCAACAGCACCAUAUAGGUCCUGUACUCUGCCCCAUACAUCCACAGGAGUGCCCCCCAGCACCCUAUGGCUCCUGCAUUCUGACCCAUGGAUGCCCAGUACUGCCCCACAGCACCAUAUAGGUCCUGUACUCUGCCCCAUACAUCCACAGGAGUGCCCCCCAGCACCCCAUGGCUCCUGCACUCUGCCCCAUGGAUGCCCAGUACUGCCCCACAGCACCGUAUAGCUCCUCUACUCUGCCCCAUACAUCCACAGGAGUGCCCCCCAGCACCCCAUAGUGACUCUACUCUUCCCCAUAGACCCACAGUGCUGCCGCACAGGACUCUACUCUGCCCCUUAGACCCAGAGAGCUGCCCCACAGCAGCCUGUAGGUGCUGCGUUCUGCCCCAUUGGUGCAAAGUGCUGCCCCACAGCGCCCCACACCUCUGUCCAACUGACCACCCUUCCCUCCUGACUGCGCCUGCACUGCCCACUAUGGGUGGGUCACAAGGGUCUAUGGGGCGGUGUGGGGGUCAGGGCGGCUGUGGGGUCAAUGGGGUUGUUGUGGUGUGAAACACCCCUGAAGAGGCUGAACCCCCUACAGGUGAGUGACCCACACAGAGACCCACAGCAGCCCAUAGCCCCUCUGCCCUAUAGAGUCACUGCACCCCAUUGCUGCUUUUACUCUGCCCCAUACAUGGACAGCAGUGCUCCACAGCACCCUAAGUCUCCACUGUGCCACAUAGACACACAGUGCUGUCCCACAGCACCCCAUAUCUUGUUCACUCUGCCCUAUAGACCCACAGUGUAACCCUACAGCACCCCAUAGUUCCUCUGCCCUAUAGAUCAACAGCACUGUCCCAGAAAACACCAUAGCUUCUUCCCACUAGCCCAUAGGCCAGCAAUUCUGCCCUACAGCGCACUAGCUCCUGCACCCUAUCCCAUAGACCCACAGCAGUGCUCCACAGAUCCAGUCUGCCCUAUACAGCCACAGCACUGCUCUGCAGCACCAUAUACUUCCAGCACUCUGGCCCAUUGAUAUGUAGCACCCCAUAGCUGCUGCAUUCUGCCCAUAGAUCGAGAUUCCUGGGUCCCCUCACCCCACCAGCUGUCCUGGGUUGCGAUGCUGCACGGGGCCCUGUGCACAACAAAAUGAGGACAGCAUGGCUGCUGGGCGCCACCCUGCUUGGAAUCCAAGAUGGCUGGGGGGGGAGGGCUGGCAGCCAUGCUGGCACUGCCGGAGGGGCUGUUGGUCUGCGCCGUGCUCAGGCGGCAGCUCCCGGCUGUAUCGGCUGCUCCUGUGGCCCUGCACCCUGCCCAUGGGAACAAGGUGGCUGCCCUGAUGGGCGUGGCCAUCUCGGCUGCUGUGUCCCUGCUGGUGGGCGGGGCCAUGGCUGUCAUGGCUGCCAAGCCUGUGCUGGAAGGGUGGGGCUGAGGUGGGUGGGGCCUGCCUAGGGUGGCCAUUCUGGGGUGGGGCCCAAGGUGGGUGGUGGGGCCUGUGACUCUGUUUGCCCCUGACGGCCAUCUUGGAAAAGGGCAGCACUGUGCCGCUGCCAUCCUGACGUUGCUCCCCCAGGGCCAUGUUGGGGGAUUUUUAACCUGGUUUUGGGGCCAAUUCUCACCCAAUAAAAUUAAAUAAUGUAAAAAAA